CGUGAGGUUACUAGGGAAGUAUGUAAUGAUGCCAAGGCGAUGUCCGAGUCACAACAAACAUUGGAAAACUAUGGAUUUGUCUGGACACUGCAUGCAGAAGGUACCCAAAUGGAGACCUGGAGAAGUCUGCACACCAUUUGACUGACUGAAACUUCUGUCAAACUGAGAAUGAAUGCCAAUGGGGGAACUUAUUUUCCUUCCCAGCCCCAGUCAGACAGCAGCAGCAACAAGAAGCAGAAGAAUUGGGGGCCUUCUGACGUCUCCACUCAAGUAGCAGCAGAGAAACAUAUGCAGCAGCAGCAGGGAGACCAGACAUGCCUCUCAACCACCACCACCACCACCACUAUCACCAGUACUCCAGGAAAAGCGGCACACCCUGAACACUGUAACACAGAGAUGUUGAGCACUUUUGACCCAAGGCCACCGCCGCCACAGCCCACCAUCAGGCCUGCUCCUCCGUCCGACCCCUUUGAACAGGUGCGGGGUCGACGCCUGAAGAUGAGCCAGGAGGGCUCGCUAGACUCUGUCCAGGCGAGCUCUGUCAUUGGCCCCUCUCCUCCUCCUAAGCAGCGGGCGGAGCUGGGGGAUCGACCCUCUUCUCUAACCAGCAUCCCCAUUGCCGACAACAGCCAAACCCCAAACCACGCAGAGAAGCCAGCCAACAACCACCACUACCACACGGCCUCUCCACUGUCUCCGUUCCGUGAGCGCUGCUACAGUCUGCCCGCUGCCCAGUGGACGCAGAGCUCCAUGCAGGAGCAGCAGCAGCUACAGCAGCUGAGACACUCCUCCCGGGUGAUCCUCUCCCCACUGCAGCCCGGCAGAGUGCCGCCCAGCCUGCAGGGCAAUAUGUCGUCUGUGUCUUUAAGGACGGCUAAUCAGAUUGACAGGGAUUGCCUGGAUUACAAGAGAUGCGAUAGGCUGCACCGCAACCUCAGUGACAGCCGGCUGCUGGUCAACACCAUGGUGACGGAGAACUCCUCCGUGGACUCCAUGAAGUCCAGCUUCAGCGUGCUGAACCCCAUCCGGCCCAGGGACGUCAGAAACAGGAGUUUUCUGGAGGGCAGUGUGCUGGGUCACGGGGCUCUUCUGGGGCCAGAGGAGCUGGAGCGCUACUUUCCUGACAGACAAGUGGGAAUCUACGUCGCUACCUGGAACAUGCAGGGGGAAAAGGGACUUCCCAACAACCUGGAUGAUCUUCUGCUUCCGACAGACUCAGAAUUUGCACAGGACUUCUAUGUCAUCGGCAUUCAGGAGGGGUGUGCAGAUAGACGAGAAUGGGAGAUUCGCCUUCAGGAAACCCUAGGACCUUAUUACGUGAUGCUGUACGCUGCAGCUCAUGGAGUUCUCUAUCUCACUGUAUUCACACGCAGGGACCUCAUCUGGUUCUGCUCCGAAGUGGAGCAUGCCACAGUUACAACUCGCAUAAUAUCCCAGAUUAAAACCAAAGGAGCUGUCGGCAUUGGCUUUACUUUCUUUGGGACAUCAUUCCUCUUCAUUACAUCUCAUUUUACAUCGGGAGAUUCCAAAGUGUAUGAGCGUAUACUUGACUACAACAAGAUCAUUGAGGCCUUGGCUCUUCCAAAAGCCCUGCCAGACACCAACCCAUAUCGCUCCAUCUCAUCGGACGUCACAACACGCUUUGACGAGGUGUUCUGGUUUGGGGACUUUAACUUCCGCUUAAAUAAAGACCGAAAUGGAGUAGACCAAGUCCUGAGGCAGAAAAACAGUCCCGAUGUGGAGCCACUCCUGAGGCAUGACCAGCUUUUAAAAGAGAUGAAAGAAGGAGCCAUCUUCAAAGGCUUCCAAGAGGCGCCCAUCCACUUCAUGCCCACGUACAAGUUUGACAUCGGCUGCGACAUCUAUGACAGCACCUCGAAACAAAGGACGCCAUCAUAUACGGAUCGGAUCCUCUUCCGGAGCAGGCAAGCAGAUGAUAUUAAAGUCCUCAGGUACAGCGCCUGUGCCUCCAUAAAGACGUCAGACCACCGGCCAGUGAUCGGGAUGUUUCAGGUUAAAGUUCGACCAGGGAGAGACAAUAUCCCUCUGGGAGCAGGCCAGUUUGACCGCAGCUUAUACCUGGAGGGCAUUCGGAGAAGAAUCUCAAGGGAACUCAAGAAGCAGGAAGCCAUGAAGAACCAGCACAACAGCACUGUGUGUAGCAUCUCAUGAAGAGAGUGAUGAAACACUACGUUAGGAUCCUCCAUACAAAUCCCCCAGAAACCACAAGGGCUGGACCUCCUUCUGGCUAGACUUGUCGGUCAUGCCGAACGCGGAUCUGAGUGCAGCUACCACGGUGGUGUCCACUGGAGGUUGUGAAGGCUGAGCGAGAACUUCUUCUGAGUUCAGGAGGUGCAGAGUGUGGAACGGCCAUGCCAUGGGACGAUUUGGGAUGCUUUGUGGAGACGGAAUGAAAAUGUAAGAAACGUACAAGGUGGAACUCAUGAGACCGGACAUUUGUCUGACAUUUAUAUGUACUGUACAGUCUGAUAUGUGUACCUCAUUUAUGCGUCACCCAAGGUCUUUUUUAUUUAAUUUCAAGCAGUGUUCUAUUGCCUUAAUCUCCAUCAUUUAUUAAAAAACAACUUUUAAAAGGGUCACUUUCAUGGGUGAAGUACUAGUUGGAAAGAUUGUCAAUGGCAUUGAAUUCAUUUCAUCGUCUACAAUUUAAUUUACUAUCUGCGCAUAUAACAUUUGUUACUCAUAUUUGUAGUAACAUUCUGUCUCAAAAUCUGUGGAAUUGAAUAAGACAGCACUACAUGCAAAGGAUUUUAAAGAGUAAUCUAAUACAUAUUUUGAAAUCACACUGUACAAAAUAUGGUUGUACAAUUUAACGCCAAAAAUACUGACACGCUUCUCUACCAGGACUUCUGCCAAAGCUUAAUGCAUUUACAGAUGCUUUGGCAUUCGUCUGUUUAAACUGUAUGUGCAUUGGACCAAAACACAGAAAUGGCAAAACCAAUUAAAGCGAUGAAAAAUUACAUAUUUAAUUUAACAUAUCUGUCUGAAAAUGUCAGUUGCCACCAUCAUCACCAUGAAGGAUUUUCCCUAGUCUUUAAUGGCUCCAUGUCAGAAAUAAGAGAUGUCUUCUUUCAGCGCUGGUCAUUUAAGAUCCCUCCAGCACCUUAUAUCAUAAAUGAACCACCUGAGUGGUGUCUGGAAUGGACAAAAAUCCUGAAUCCCUUCCAUCAAACAUGGUCUUGAUAUGACGAUUAUGAUUCUUAUAUUAUGAUUCUUCAUAUUAUAAGAUUGAACGGCCGGCAAUAUCACAACAUAAUACAUUCACACACAAAA